AUGUCUGGGAUAUCAGCCGCUCUCACUCGCUCACUCACGCGCUCUCUCACGCGCUCUCUCACGCGCUCUCUCAUGCGCUCUCUCACGCGCGCUUUUACGCGCGCUCUCACGCGCUCUCUCACGCGCGUUCUCACGCGCUCUCUCCUGCACUCUCUGACGCACUCUCGCACACGCUCUCUCACGCUCUCUAACGCACUCUCUCACGCGCUCCCUCACGCGCUCUCACGCGCACUUUCUCGCACAUUCUCUCUCUCACGCGCUCUCUUGCGCGCUCUCUCACUCACUCUCUCGCUCGCGCUCUCACUCGCCCUCUCACGCGCUCUCUCACGCGCACUCUCACGCGCUCUCUCACAUGCUCUCUCACGCAAUCUCUCACGGGCUCUCACGCAUUCCGUCGCACUCCCUCUCGCGCACUCUCUUGCGCAUUCUCUCUCUCACGCGCUCUCUCAUGCACACUCUCUCGCACAUUCUCACGCCCUCUCUCACGCGCUCUUUGAUGCAAUCUCUUACGCGGUCCUUCACGCGCUCUCUAACGCGCUCUCUCACGCACUCUCUCACGCACUCUCUCACGCGCUCUCUGACACGUGCUCUCUCACGUGCUCUCUCACGUACUCUCUCACGCAGUCUCUCACGCGCUCUCUCACGCGCUCUCUCACGGGCUCUCACGCACUCCCUCAUGUGCUCUCUCUCGCGCACUCUCUUGCGCGUUCCCUCGGUCGCGCGCUCUUUCUCGCGCACUCCCACGCGCUCUCUUACGCGCACUCCCACGCGCUCUCUUACGCGCUCCCUCACGCGCUCUCUCACAAGCUCUCUCUCGCGCUCUCUCACGUGCACUCUCACGCGCACUCUCACGCGCACUCGCUCUCUCACGUGCUCCCUCACGCGCUCUCUCACGUGCUCUUUGAUGCAAUCUCUUACGCAGUCCUUCACGCGCUCUCUCACGCGCACUCUCACGCACUCUCUCACGCACUCUCUCUCGCGCUCUCUGACACGUGCUCUCACACGCGCUCUCUCACGCGCUCUCUCACGCGCUCUCUCACGUGCACUCUCACGCGCACUCGCUCUCUCACGCGCUCCCUCACGCGCUCUCUCACGCGCACUCUCACGCGCUCUCUCACGUGCUCGCUCUCUCUCACUCGCACUCUCACGCGCACUCUCACGCACACUCUCACGCGCACUUUCACACGCACUCUCACGCGCUCUCACACGCUCCCUCACGCGCUCUCUCACGCACUCUCUCACGCUCUAUCUCACACACUCUCUCACGCGCUCCCUCACGUGCUCCCUCACGCACUCUCUCACGCGCUCUCGCAUGCGCACUCGCACGCGCUCUCUCACAUGCUCUCUCACGCAAUCUCUCAUGCGCUCUCUCACGGGCUCUCACGCAUUCCGUCGCACUCCCUCUCGCACACUCUCUUGCGCAUUCUCUCUCUCACGCGCUCUCUCAUGCACACUCUCUCGCACACUCUCACGCGCUCUCUCACGUGCUCUUUGAUGCAAUCUCUUACGCGGUCCUUCACGCGCUCUCUCACGCGCUCUCUCACGCACUCUCUCACGCACUCUCUCACGCGCUCUCUGACACGUGCUCUCUCACGCGCUCUCUCACGCGCUCUCUCACGCGCACUCUCACGCGCACUCGCUCUCUCACACGCUCCCUCACGCGCUCUCUCACGCACUCUCUCACGCGCUCCCUCACGCGCUCUCUCACGCGCACUCUCACGCGCUCUCUCACGCGCUCGCGCUCUCUCACUCGCACUCUCACGCGCACUCUCACGCGCACUCUCACGCGCACUUUCACACGCACUCUCACGCGCUCUCACACGCUCCCUCACACGCUCUCUCAUGCACUCGCUCACGCUCUAUCUCACACACUCUCUCACGCGCUCUCGCACGUGCUCCCUCACGCACUCUCUCACGCGCUCUCACACGCGCACUCUCACGCGCACUCUCACAUGCUCUCUCAUGCAAUCUCUCAUGCGCUCUCUCACGGGCUCUCACGCAUUCCGUCGCACUCCCUCUCGCACACUCUCUUGCGCAUUCUCUCUCACGCGCUCUCUCAUGCACACUCUCUCGCACACUCUCACGCGCUCUCUCACGUGCUCUUUGAUGCAAUCUCUUAUGCGGUCCUUCACGCGCUCUCUCACGCGCUCUCUCACGCACUCUCUCACGCACUCUCUCACGCGCUCUCUGACACGUGCUCUCUCACGCGCUCUCUCACGCGCUCUCUCACGCGCUCUCUCACGCGCUCUCUCACGUGCACUCUCAUGCGCACUCGCUCUCUCACACGCUCCCUCACGCGCUCUCUCACGCACUCUCUCACGCGCUCCCUCACGCGCUCUCUCACGCGCACUCUCACGCGCUCUCUCACGCGCUCGCGCUCUCUCACUCGCACUCUCACGCGCACUCUCACGCACACUCUCACGCGCACUUUCACACGCAGUCUCACGCGCUCUCACACGCUCCCUCAGGCGCUCUCUCACGCACUCUCUCACGCGCUCUCUCACGUGCUCCCUCACGUACUCUCUCACGCGCUCUCGCAUGUGCACUCUCAUGCGCUCUCUCACAUGCUCUCUCAUACAAUCUCUCAUGCGCUCUCUCACGGGCAAUCACGCAUUCCGUCGCACUCCCUCUCGCGCACUCUCUUGCGCAUUCUCUCUCUCACGCGCUCUCUCAUGCACACUCUCUCGCACACUCUCACGUGCUCUCUCACGCGCUCUUUGA